AUUUGGAUGUUGCUGUAGUUGCUGAUUCACCAUGAGGGGAGAAAGGUUGUUUAUCGGGUUGAUAGUUUUUGGUGUAUUUGAAUAUUUGUGUGAUGCUCAAGGGGGAUAUCAGUCUUCCAACAGUAAUGCAGGAGAUUUUGUAACAACCCCACAGCUUAACAGGAAGCCAGUGGGCUCACAAGCACCUGUCACAGCCCGCCCAACAUUUGGAAGACCAUGGUUCACCCAGGGCCCUGCGACCCGCCCAACCAUUGGACGGCCAGGCUUCACCCAGGGUCCUGCGACCCGCCCAACCAUUGGACGGCCAGGCUUCACCCAGGGUCCUGCGACCCGCCCAACCAUUGGACGGCCAGGCUUCACCCAGGCUCCUGUGACGCCCCGCCCGACCCUUGGGGGACCCAAAGGGUCUACAAUUCCAGUGGAACCUCCUACACCUAAGCCAGAUGCUGUGAAGGCUCACUGUGGGGAAAGCUCUGUUCAGUUGGAAGUGGAUAUGGACCUGCUUGGCAUCGGCCACCUUAUCCAGCCCACUGACAUCACCCUAGGAGGCUGUGGACCUGUUGACCUGGAUGGGCCUACCCAAGUGCUUCUAUUUGAGACUGAGCUGCACAGCUGUGGCAGUGUGCUUGCAAUGACUGCUGACUCCCUAGUGUACACCUUCACCCUGAAUUAUCAACCUAGCGCACUUGGUGCUACUCCCAUCAUUAGAACAUCAAGUGCCGUGGUGGGCAUUCAGUGCCACUACAUGAGGCUGCAUAAUGUGAGCAGUAAUGCCCUGAAACCAACCUGGAUCCCCUACCACUCCACCCUGUCUGCUGAGGACAUCCUUGUAUUCUCCCUGAGGCUCAUGGCUGAUAAAUGGCAGACGGAGAGGACAUCCACUGUGUUCUUCCUGGGUGACCUCAUCAACAUUGAGGCUUCAGUGGUCCAGGCCAACCAUGUGCCCCUCCGCGUGUUUGUGGAUACCUGUGUAGCUACGUUGGACCCUGACAUGAACGCUGUCCCCAGAUAUGCUUUCAUUGAGAACAAGGGGUGUCUAAUGGAUUCCAAGCUGACCAACUCCCGCUCACAGUUCCUGUCAAGGGUACAGGAUGACAAGCUGCAAUUUCAGCUGGAUGCUUUCCGGUUUGCCCAGGAGACCAGGAGUGCUAUCUAUAUAUUCUGCCAUCUGAAAGCCACUGCUGCCUUGCCAGAUUCAGAAGGGAAGGCCUGCUCAUUUCCUCUUGGAAAGGAACGGUGGGUUAGUGCAUCUGGGAAUGACCAGGCGUGUAGUUGCUGCGACACCAGCUGUGCUGGGAGGAAGGGCAGGAGUGUGGAUUCAGGUGCACAAUAUGAGGGUGGUGCAGUCCUGGGGCCCAUUGUUAUCCAGGAGGCUUCCAAAGAUGUGCCUGAGUCCCCUGGCACUCUGACAGCUGAUCACAGAGCAGGAGGUUCCUCUGAGGCUGUGAUCAUGGCAGCAGUGAUGGCUGCAGUGGGACUGGCUUGCAUGAUUGUGCUGGCGACUGUCCUGGUGUGGAGACGCUACAAACCUGUUUUGUAAAUGCGUGUGGGUUUAUAAAUAAAACGGUGGAAGAAAAUCGA